UCCCUCCCUCCUUCAUUCUCUCUCUCUCUCUCUCGCCUCCAAAGCCAGCGCUUUUACGCACAGCCCAGGAAGGCAGCACCAACAAGAGGCAACGCUGGGGAGGGAAGGAGGCAGGGGGCCAAGAUCUGGCCCAUCUUUUGAUUUUUGGAGGGGGGAGUAGGAAAAAUGCAAGCCUCCUUCUCCACCUGCUGGGCAUCCUCCACCUUCCCAAGAGGCUGAUCUUGCCCUUCUCCCUCCAGAUCCCCCCCUCCAAAAAUGAAAACAGUAUAAAUCCUGGCCCCUGCAAUUCUCCUCCUUUGUCUGUGGCUGCUGGACAUCCAGGCAGGUUCUGCAUCAACCCAGAGAUCCAGACUCUAAGGGACCAAGGCUGCGGAAAAAAAACAAGGAUGACACAGCCUCCCAAGCCUUGGCAUCAUAGGCAGGAGGGGGGGGCUGAGCAAGGAAAGAGGUCGCCCUCCCCAAAGCAACCAGGCCAGGCUCUCCUUCACCGCCUGAGGCUGGGUGGCAAGAGCAAGCUGGGAAAAUCCCUGGGAGCAUCUCUUCUUUUUCGCUCUCUCGCUUGGGUACCACCGGCCCUGCUUUGGAACUGGACCUUUGGGAGGCUUCCAAGAGGUCCUGGGCUAGGACACUGCUGCCACUUCUGGACCCCUCUCCAUCCCCAAAGCCCACUCUUGACCUACCAAGAAAGCCCGGCAUCCAUCUUUAGAGGCUUCCUUCCAGGGAGAUGGACCUGCCUUGAAGGAGAUGCCUCCUUUGCUUUGCCGCUUGGGGAUGUGGCAUGAUUCGAACACGCCACUCUGGUGACCAUUGAGGGGUGAUUCAACUUCUUCGGCUUUGCCUCCACCACUCAGCCAGCAGACCUGCCUCCUCAAAGAGGACCACCAGCUUCAUCUCUGGUGUCUCCAUCCACAAUCCGGUGGCCCUGAAAGACAGCGGACAUUCAGACACUCAAACUCUGCUUGCCACUUUGGGCAAGGGUCUGGACUUGGCACUCCUCGAGACCCCAGGGAAAAGAGGUGCGCACCCUGAAGGUGCUCCUGAACGCAUGGAGAGGACACCUUCCUGCUGGUGACCCUGCCUGCCUCUCAUGCCCGGUCUGCAGGAGCUGGCAUUAUGGCCCGGCCUGGCACAGGGACACUGGUCUUGGCGAAUGGACUAGGCUUCCCUCCCAGUAAUGUGGCUCGCGUGGUGGUGUGGGAGUGGCUGAACGAGCAUGGGCGCUGGCGACCCUACACGGCGGCGGUGUGCCACCACAUUGAGAACGUCCUGAAAGAGGAUGCCCGGGGAAGUGUGGUCUUGGGGCAGGUGGAUGCCCAGCUUUCUCCUUACAUCAUCGACCUGCAGUCCAUGCACCAGUUCCGUCAGGACACAGGGACAAUGCGUCCGGUGCGAAGGAACUUUUACGAUCCCUCCUCUGCUCCUGGCAAAGGAAUUGUGUGGGAGUGGGAAAAUGACAACAACUCCUGGACCCCCUACGACAUGGACAUUUGCAUCACCAUCCAAAAUGCUUAUGAGAAGCAGCACCCUUGGCUGGACCUGUCCUCCCUGGGAUUUUGCUACCUGAUUUACUUCAACAGCAUGUCUCAGGUGAACCGCCAAACGCAACGCAAGCGCCGUCUCCGGAGGCGCAUGGACUUGGCCUACCCGCUGACGAUGGGCUCCAUCCCCAAGUCCCAGUCCUGGCCAGUGGGCACCAACUCUGGGCAUCCGUGCUCCUGCCAGCAGUGCCUGCUAGUCAACAGCACCCGAGCCGCCUCCAAUGCUAUCCUGGCCUCCCAGCGGAGGAAAGUGUAUUCCGGCAAUGCCAAUGGAACGCUGGCUGUUCGUCAGAGUAAUACGUUCAAUGGGACUGCCCUGUGGUCUCUGGGCACCAUGCAAGCUGGCGGGACGGCCAAGAUGGAGCAGGUCCGUUCAGCCAAUGGUAUCCAAGUGGCCACCUUUUCGCGAAGUCAGAGCGCGCCCAGCCACACGCAUCUCCCUGGUCAAAACAACCUGAACCAGCCUGGCACGCAGCGUGUGGCCAUCCUGAGUACCAGGGCUUCCAUCCCACCAGGGGUUCCUGCCCUCCCGGUUAAGAACCUGAAUGGCACUGGUCCGGUCCACCCAGCCUUGGCAGGAAUGACUGGCAUCUUGAUGUGUGCGGCGGGUCUGCCGGUCUGUCUCACCCGUGCCCCGAAGCCCAUCUUGCACCCACCACCUGUCAACAAAAGCGACAUGAAACCAGUGCCUGGCAUCACCGGAAUUUGCCGGAAGACCAAAAAGAAACAUUUGAAAAAAAGCAAGAAUCCGGAGGACGUGGUGCGGCGUUAUAUCCAGAAAGUGAAAAAUCCCCCAGAUGAGGACUGCACAAUCUGUAUGGAGAGGUUGGUGUCUUCAUCCGGCUAUGAGGGCAUCCUCCGGCACAAAGGGGCCAAGCCAGAGCUGGUGGGCAAGCUGGGGAAAUGUGGGCACAUGUACCACCUCCUCUGCUUGGUUGCGAUGUACAACAACGGCAACAAGGAUGGCAGCCUGCAAUGCCCCACAUGUAAAGCCAUCUACGGAGAGAAGACUGGAACUCAGCCCCCGGGGAAGAUGGAGUUCCACAUCAUCCCACAUUCACUCCCCGGCUAUGGGGAUUGCAAAACCAUCCGCAUCGUGUACGAUAUUCCCGCAGGGAUCCAGGGUCCAGAGCACCCCAAUCCUGGGAAGAAAUUCACCGCACGAGGCUUUCCACGUCACUGUUACCUUCCGGACAAUGAGAAAGGCAGAAAGAUCCUGAAACUCCUAAUUGUGGCCUGGGAACGGCGGCUCAUCUUUACUAUCGGGACGUCCAACACGACGGGCGAAUCCGACACUGUCGUCUGGAACGAGAUCCACCACAAGACCGAGUUUGGCUCCAACCUCACGGGCCAUGGCUACCCUGACCCAAACUACCUGGACAAUGUUCUGGCGGAACUGAUGGCCCAAGGAGUGUCAGAAGCUCACCUGAAGGACUGAAGAGGGUUUCGCACUCUCCCCCCACCCGCCAUGCCCUUUCCCUUGCCCAUCCUUCGCCGUGUGAUGCGUGGAAGCGUGACCACUGCCUGCAUUUGUCCAUCCGUCUGUCCGUGCAUGUGUUCUCUUUGUCGGUCAGCUCUCCGCCAGGGUUUGGGGUCGAUCCUUUCUCACCGCCCACGUUGCUUCUGCUGCCUUGACUUCGGAUGCUCUCCGCACAGCAAUGUCGCCGAAGCAGCCCUUGGGCAAAUCCUGGACCCAGAUUAUCAGGAUAAUCUCGCGUUUGGAGGAACAGCAGGGAAACCACACCAAACUGCACAAGUGAGCAACUGAUCCAAAUACUCUGCUGCCCUUUUCUUUUUAUAUAUAUUUAUCUGUAGAGAGAGAGAGAGAGAGGUAUAUAUACACACACAGAGAGAGACACAGACACACCUAUCUAUAUAUAUGUAUAUUCUUGGCAGUCUGCAAUAUUUCUCUUUGCCACGACUGUACCUGCGUGCACAUUAAGACAUGCCGUGUUACGUUCCUGCUGUUCCUGUGCUCUCUGCUCCCCUGCCAUUUUUACACCCUUGGGUUGCGCCAUUGCACCAUUUACUUCUCUUUCCAUGUCCAAGCCACUGCUGGACCCCUGGGUCAGGAAAAGAGGUGGAACAGGAGAGAUGGAUGCAUCGUUUUUUCCAUCUUCACAGUUCAUGUAGCCUCAGAAUCAGGCUAGAAUAACUGGAAGGGGGUAAAAAGUAGAGGUAGAACUAGUAUUAGCUAAAUUCUAGAAGAGUAGCUUGAGACAGGAGUGAUACCUGGUGCCGUUGCCGAGGUCCCCCCCCCCCCAAAAAAACCCCAAUGAAAAAGGAGAGGGUCCCUAGGUUUCAGGCUCAUUGACAGCCUGGGUUUUGAUUUUUAAGGCUCUCCAAAUGUCCAGGUCGAAACCAGGAGAUCUGCGCUCCACCUCUAAAGCAGAGACCGGCACUGCAGCAGCUCUUUUCCGGCCUGUUUCUUUCUCCCCUUUCCUCCUGCUGCGCGAUGCACCUGGAGCAAUUAUUCCACUCCACGUCAAAAAUGCCAAAAAUGUGACAACCUCCUGGCAUGCACCAGCCGGUCUCAUCUGGAGUACAGGAGUCAGCAUCGCUUGAUCCAAGGCAGAGUUGCACGUUAUAUUCUCUUUCCACUCCCUCUCGGCGGGGCUUGUCAGUCAGUCGCAAGAGUUUGACCCUGGAAGGUCGGGACUCAUGAAAGGGGGCCUCUAGGAGUGUGCAAAGUGCCUUUCGCUCAUCACUGUUGCAGCCCCAACUUGGCCAUGCUUCCCCCAUCUUAUAUGACAGAGGACACUGGAAGGCUUUCUGGGGUGUAUAGAAUUCUUGAGGUGGAAAGCACCCCAAAGGCCAACCCCUGCCAUGCAGGAACACACAGCUUUUACACUCCUGACAGAUUGCUAUCUUUAAAACAUAUAUUUGCAAGUCAUGGUUGAACCCAUGGAUGCAGAAUCUGUGGAUAUGGAGGGUUUCUUCCGCUCUUCUUUAUCUGCUUGAGGUCUGGUUAACUAUGGGCUUUGGCACACCAGAUCCUGUCUGAUCUUGGAAACUAAGUAGGGUCAGCCCUGGCGAGUACUUGGAUGGGAGACUGCCAGCCAAUACCAGGUGCUGCAAAACCACCCCAGCCACAGAAAACCCUAUGAAAGUUCAUGAGAUCACCAUAAAACAACAGGUGACUUGGAGGCACAUCCAUACACACACAUGUGUGGCUGUCCUUUUUUUAAGGUGCCAAGGAAGGUUAGUAUUCCUUUCCUCCCUGGCACAGACCCCAGCGGCCCUCCUGGCCUGCUGAAAAGCUUCUGCAGUCACACUGCAUAGUAAUUCCAUGCUUCGCAGUGUACCCAGUGUACCCAGGUGCAAAAUGAUGACGACAGCACUGAGAUCUGCCAGGGUUAUCCAGGGGUCUUGAUGCUGUUGUCACCAUUUCACAUCUGGCUACGGAUACACAGCCAGAUGCUUCUCUGAUCCCACCUGAUCGCUGGGAUUGACUUUGCAGGGCUGUUUCAGGGGCUCAUCAAUGUUAAGGGGAGGAUGUAUGGCUCAGCAUGCCAUAGGUCCACAUGCAGAUUUUGGCACUAAGCUGAGGGGAUGUUGGAUUGAGACAAUAGACUGGGAUGGGAGGCACAUCAAGUGCAAAUCCCACUAAAUACGGGUGCUUUGGAUCAUUCCGGGGAAGUCCUCCAAAGCACUUUGAAAGACUUUCCCCACCCUUUACCCAAUUCCCUUCUUGGAAGAAUUUCACCAAAAAAAAGCAGGGCAAUUACAUGAUAAAAAUUUCCUUGGGACGGAAGCACCUACGGACCUUUUCAAAGGCAGUUCUUCUUUGACUCUCACCCUUUGAAUACCACCAAAAAAUAAUGAAAAUGCUUUUGUUGUCUAAGGCUGUGCAUUCCCUAAAGUCACUCAGAGGGCAGCGUUUCAACAGCACCAAGAGAUUGUGGUGUUUGCACCCCUGAGCCUGUUCGCCUCUGUCACAGCAGGAGUGCGACAAGUGUGGCCCUCCAGAUGUUGUCAAGCCGCGACUCCCAGCGUUCCUCACUCCUAGCAGGGUCGACUGGGACUUGCAGCAUCGCCUCUGGCCAAAAGGUGUUUGGGAGGAAGGGCGUUCCCAAAUCAAUCGCAUGGUCAAUCGAUGUCCUUGUCUGGAAAUCCCUAAGGGCUUUGUACUUUCUUUUGUCUCUUUCUCUCUCUUUUUCUUUCUUCUCUGUGUUCAUGCUCAGCAUGUGUUGAUGUCUUUACAAAUUUAUGCAGUAAAUGUGGAAUCCAAA